AUGACUCCUACUAUAACGCCCCUAUCGCCCCCCACAGGAUCAGACGUCAACUUCGGCGCAGUCAUCGCCAACGUCGAUUUGGAGAACCUCACCGACGAAACAUUCAACACAAUCCACGACGCUCUCUAUAAGAAUUUGGUCGUAGUAAUCAAGAAUCAAGACCACGUGACCCCAAAGACACAAUACGAGCUCACGCAGCGUUUCGAUCCAUCUGCCUCGCAAUACGGCCAUGGCAAGACUCUCGACGCCAAGCGCAGCAUCCUCCACCCGGAUCUGAAGACAGUUCCUCACCAGCCUCAGGUACAAAUCAUUGGACACGGACACAUUGAUUCGUAUGAGGGUCUAUCGAACUUUCAACUAAAACACCCUCACCAUCGGACGUUCCACCGCGACGUGAUCCCGGCCGAAGAGGAUCAUGACUUUACCCGGUUCUAUCGCUGGCACAUCGACGCUGCCUUGUAUGAAUUCUACCCACCGCAGGUGACCACUCUGUUGGCAGUCAAGGUGCCUAAGGGUCGACGCCAGACGCUCCGAUACGACGAUGGUUCCGACGAGACGUUGGACGUACCGCUCGGCACGACGGCAUUCGUCAGCGGAGAGAGAAUGUUCGAGCUGCUCUCCGACGAGGACAAGAACUUCGCCUUGAACAGUAAAAUCGAAUACGCUCCUCACCCAUACAUCUGGAUGAGCCCUGCGCGCGCCCUCCCCACCGGCCUCGGCCUAUACUCGGAAAACAAAGAACUUCCUCUCUCAGAUCUCCCACCGAUCGACGACUCCAAGAUCCAAGUGCUCCCCAUGGUCUGGAAGAACCCCUCCACCGGGAACCCAGCACUACAGGUCCAUCCCUCGGCGGUCCGCAAGAUCCACUGCGCCGAUGGGACGGUGAUCGACGAUUUGACGCGGGUGCGGGAGAUUGUGUACAGGUUCCAACGACCGGCCAUCAAACCGCAGUAUGUGUACCCGCAUGACUGGGAAGAGGGCGAUCUUGUGAUUUUCCAUAACCGCGGAGUUUUGCACUCCGUGGUUGGGGCGUUUGGGGAUGACGAGGUGAGGCUGUUCAGGCAGUGUAAUUUGGCGGCUGGGGAGGCGCCGGUGGCAUAUUAA